UCCGCCUGAUGGCCUGAAAAUGCAGGCGGCCAUAUUAUAUUAGCAAACACACUCACGCAGUAGCAGCUGUUUGUUUAUGCUUGUGAAUUUCAGAUAAAUAUUUCCACAAACUCUCUAGGUUUAGUUGAAGUGAUCGUGUGACGAUGAGCGGCGGCACGCCGUAUAUCGGCAGUAAGAUCAGUUUGAUCAGUAAGGCGGAGAUCCGUUAUGAGGGCAUUCUCUACACCAUCGACACCGAGAACUCAACCGUCGCGCUCGCCAAAGUGCGCUCCUUCGGCACGGAGGACCGACCCACAGACCGCCCCAUCGCACCCAGAGAUGAGACGUUUGAGUACAUCAUAUUCAGAGGAAGUGACAUCAAAGACCUGACAGUGUGUGAACCUCCCAAACCGACAUGCUCUCUGCCUCAGGACCCUGCCAUUGUUCAGUCCUCUCUGGGAUCUUCUGCCCCACCAUCAUCUUUCCGGUCGGGAAACUCCUACGGGCUGUUCAGCCAUCCACAGGUCACGGCAUACCCUCAGUUCAACCCUGCCCCGCUGGUCUCGCCACAGUUCGGGACGGUCGGUGUCGGAAGUUCAUUGGGAUAUUUUGUUAGUGACACUGGCAUGACUGCGGCACUGCCUCAGAGCAAUGCUGCUGCCUCUGCUUUCAACAGUGACACUCUGUGUGCUUUCGUAGCAGAAGGUCACACCAGUCCGUCUCUGGACGCUCUCCGAAAAAGCUCUCCAGUGGAGCCUUCUGCCCCAUCCGCACCUGCGGUCACCACUGCCCUCACGACAUUGGGCCGCAAGAGCCCCGUGUCAACUCGUGCAGCCUCCACCAACACCCAGAUGCCUGUGGACCUCGCCGAGCAGAUGAGGGGUACUGAUGUCCCGAAACCAAGCGAACCAGAGUCCAGAGGAGGCGACGGGGACGCGGCUAAACGGCUCGCAGCUGGUGGCCAUCCUGCUGCUCGCCGCGGGCGCGCCGCAGGUCAUCGGGGUCGAGGUCGGUUCCCUGUGCGCAGAGAAGGACCAAUGAAGUUUGACAAAGACUUUGACUUUGAGAGCGCCAAUGCUCAGUUCAACAAAGACGAGAUUGACAUGGAGUUCCAGAGCAAACUCAAGCUGAAAGAUGAGAAGCCUGAGAAAGCUUUGAAUGGCGAGGAUAAGGCUGAACCGGGAGUGGACACUCAGAACAGUGAAGGAAACGCCGACGAGGAAGUUCCUCUCGGAUCAAACUGCUACUACGACAAAACCAAGUCCUUUUUCGACAACAUCUCCUGUGAUGACACAAGGAAGGCAGCCGAGAGGUCUGGAGGAUCCGGUUUCCCCCGGAGGAAUACCUGGGCGGAGGAGCGGAGGAUGAACGCCGAGACGUUUGGCAUCCCGUUGCGACGGGGCCGCGGAGGGUUCAGAGGUCGCGGAGGCAUGGGCUUCAGGGGAGGCCGGGGCCGUGGGUUCAGUCGGGGCUCGUUCGGCUCGUACCCGGGUGGAAGUGGCUUCAGAGGAGCGUUCAGAGGCAGUCAAGGAGGAAGAGAGUUCGCUGACUUUGAGUACCGGAAGGACAACAAAAUGGCAGCGUAGUGAAGCCGGAGAGGAUCCGGAGACCUGCUGUGUGUGGGAACUGUGUGUCUCGGGUCCGAACGAGGAGAUGAUGUAAAUCUGUCACCAGCACUGGGGUUCGACUGCUUGAAACCUGGACAUUAAUGAAACAUCUACUCUAUUUCUUCCUGAGGAGUGGAACGAAUGCAAUUUUUUCCGAGUUGUUAAUUUGAGAAUAAUAUUUCCAGAUAUAUUCUGUCUUCUGAGGGACUCAACCUGCAUCAUCUAUAAUAACACAGAGGAUUUUGAUCACUGAAUGAGCUUUAUUUUUGACUUGUUUUGCUAUAAAGUAUCUUAAAGGUUCCUCAGAAUAGACCGUCUGGAACUGAGUUAUAUAUUAGCAUAUUUUUCUAAUGUAAUUGCAUCCUUAACCCCCAACGUUACUGUUCCUGUAGCAAGUAGGUUUUUUUUUUUUAUUAGAUAUUUACAAACGUGGUACAUUUGAUUUCUUCCUCGUAAGAAGAGGUCUACAGUCAGUGAUAUUCCUCGAGCCGUUCGGGAUUUGUGCUUCGAGUGUCAGUAUUGAUAGAAUUUCACUUAAAGACAUUUUAGAUAAAAAGAAAAAAGAGAAAAAAAAAACCAAACAAACACGGAAAUGCUGCCUU